GCGUGCGUGCAUUUGUUUGCAUGUGUGCUAGUCCGCACGUGCGUCUGCGUGCGUGUAUGUGAGCGCGUACCCGCUCCACUGCCGUAGCACUACUAGUGGGCGUGUGCCCCGCUCUUCAUUGAAAAACGUGUGGCGUGGCGUGUGUGUGCGCGUGCGUCUGUGUGUGUGUGUGUGUGUUUGCUGCUUGACGCUGGUCGGUUGAGCGUACGGUGGUCGGUUGGGGAUAUUUCCACCACUACACUCGAGCGGCUGACAGGGUGUGUUUUGUGACCUAACUAUGGCGGGGUAUCUGUGCGGCCAGUGGCGGUCGGACUGAGCGUCUCCCCCCGGGCGGAGGACCAGGGCAGCGGGGCUACAGUGUGUGUGUCGCUGCGGCAGUUGGACGGAUGUUCCCAAAGGGCGCCUGUGUGUAAACUUGUCAUUAAGAGAUGAAACCGCGGGCAGUGUGAGCGCACGGAGAGGAUUAUUCAUACACACACUUUAGGGUGGUGUUAUUUAUUUUUUUACCCGAUUUUUUGGGGUAAUUUUUUUGUUGGAUUGAUUGAUUUUUUGAUUGAUCAUCUCGUUUUGUGUCGACAUGUCAAACUCCAAUAAAAGCAAGAAGGACAAAGAAAUCCUCGCCGAGUACGAGAGCCAAGUCAAAGAUGUGCGCGCCCAGCUGGUGGAGCAGCAGCGGUGCCUGGAGCAGCAGACGGAGAUGCGCGUCCAGCUCCUCCAGGACCUGCAGGACUUCUUCCGGAAGAAGUCGGAGAUCGAGACCGAGUAUUCCCGCAACCUGGAGAAGCUGGCCGAGAGGUUCAUGGCCAAGACGCGCAGCACCAAGGACCACCAGCAGUACAAAAAGGACCAGAAUCUUCUGUCUCCCGUCAACUGUUGGUACCUGCUGCUCAAUCAGGUGAGGCGUGAGAGCAAGGACCACGCCACGCUCAGCGACCUCUACCUGAACAACGUCAUCACUCGCCUCACGCACAUCAGCGAGGACUCGGCACGCCUUCUCAAGAGGAGUAAAGAGAUCACGUUCCAACUGCAGGAGGAUCUCAUGAAGCUCCUCAACGAGCUCUACACUGUGAUGAAGACGUACCACAUGUACCACGCCGAGACCAUCAGCGCCGAGGCCAAGCUACGGGAGGUGGAGCGCCAGGAGGGGCGUGUCAAGGGCGUGUCCGGGUCCGGAGGGGUGGAGCCUGUCUUUGGCCUGCGCAUCGAGGAACGCCACCAGCGACGCAACGCCGCCCGCAAGAUGGAGAAGAUGAGGGAGAAGAGGAAGGCCAAGUACUCUGAGAACAAGCUGAAGACUCUGAAGGCCCGCAACGAGUACCUGCUCACGCUGGAGGCCACCAACGCCUCGGUGUUCAAGUACUACAUCCACGACCUGCCCGACAUCAUAGACUGCUGUGACCUGGGGUACCACUCCAGCCUGAGCCGCGCCCUGAGGACCUACCUGUCGGCGGAGCUGAGCCUGGAGGCGUCCCGCCGGGCGGGGCUGGAGGUGCUGGAGGGGGCGGUGGAGGGCCUGGACCCCGCCCGCGACCGGCAGCGCCUGCUGGGGCUGUACCCCACCGCCUUCUGCCCCCCCGCCCGCUUCAGCUUCCAGGCCCACAUGGGCGACAUGGUGAACCAGAUCGCCGCCCAGCCCCAGGUCCAAUCGGAGCUCACGCUGCGUCUCACUCAGCUCCAGACUCGCCUGGCCACCCUGAAGAUCGAGAACGAGGAG